UCUCUCUCUCUCUUAUUCUUCUCUCUUUUGUCAACUGGAGAAACUGUAGGAUUCAUAGAGUAGGUAGAGUGAGAAAGAGACAGAAAGAGAGACACUCGCAGAAAGAAAUAAAGAGAGAGAGGGGAAAAUGGGAGAAGAAGCUAGAGGAGAAAAGUGAAACAGAUUUGUCACCAUUCAGAAACAGUGUUUCAAGAGCGGAAGUUUGAGGUAAGAGUUUUUGGUUUGCUCUUUUUGAGAGAGAGGGAGAGAAAAAUGCAUUUUGGUGUAUUGGGUUUCUCAGAUUGUGAUUCUUUGAGUCAAAGAUACAUACACUUGUUAUACAUACAUAUGUGAAACAAAGAGAGAGACAGAGACAGAGAGAGAGAGAUAUACGGGCAUGUUUGGAUCUUUGGGUUAGUGCUCAUAAGCCAUGGGGGAUCGGCAAAGCAUAGUAUUGUUUGGGUUCUUGUUAUUGUUGCUGUUCGAGUCCACAUUAGAACAGUCGGAGCCACUGAGUUGGCGCACUGACCGAGUUGCUCUGCUCGAACUCAGAUCGUCACUAGGGUUGAGAAGCAGGGACUGGCCUCGAAAGGUCGACCCUUGCUCACGCUGGAACGGUGUGAGAUGCCUGAAUGGUAGAGUCAUUGGGUUGAACAUUUCUGGGUUUCAAAGAACCAGAAUUGGCAGGCAAAACCCUCAGUUCGCUGUCAAUGCUUUGGCCAAUUUGACGCUUUUGUCGUGGUUUAAUGCUUCGAAUUUCUUGCUUCCCGGCUCGAUUCCCGACUGGUUCGGGUUUCGAAUGGGUGCCCUCCAAGUACUUGAUCUUCGGUCUUGUUCUGUCGAGGGUGCUCUCCCUUCGAGUCUUGGAAAUUUGACCAAUUUAACUAGUAUGUACCUAUCUCAUAAUAACCUCACUGGGCAAAUUCCUGUUAGCUUGGGUCAAUUGUUGAGCCUUUCGGUUCUUGAUCUUUCGAGGAAUUCGCUUAAUGGAUUGAUUCCCUUGUCGUUUAUGUCGCUUGGAAAUCUUUCAAUUCUUGAUAUGUCUUCAAAUAACUUAUCGGGGUCGAUUCCCCCAGGCAUUGGUACCCUAGUGAAGCUUCAAUAUUUGAACCUUUCGAGCAAUAAUUUGUCGUCUCCCAUACCUGCUCAACUCGGGGACCUUAGUAGCUUGGUUGACCUUGAUCUCAGCUUCAAUACUUUGUCUGGGUCGUUGCUUGGCGAUUUGAGAGGGUUGACGAAUUUGCGGAAUAUGAUAAUUGGGGACAAUUUGCUUGGUGGGUCGUUGCCGGAUGAUUUUUUUGCUACUCUGACGCAGUUGCAGUCCAUAGUUCUGAGACACAAUCAUUUUACUGGUGUUCUCCCUGGUGGAUUGUGGUCAUUGCCUGAAUUGCGUUUACUUAAUGUAUCUGGCAAUAAUUUCUCUGGCAUGCUGCACAAUUCGAGUUCGAACACGAAUGCCAUUGCUGCAGUACUUGAUAUUUCUCAAAAUAUGUUCUAUGGAGGUCUCACGCCUUUGCUUAGAAGAUUCGGUUUCAUUGAUCUGUCUGGAAAUUUCUUUGAAGGCAGUGUUCCGGACUAUGUGCCUAUUAAUGCGUCACUUGACAGCAAUUGCCUUCAAAAUGUGUCCAGUCAAAGGAAUCUGACAGAGUGCUCGACAUUCUAUGCACAGAGGGGUCUGACUUUUGAUAAUUUUGGAAAUUCCACACAACCUCCUGCGGCGGGAAAUCCUGGGAAGAGCAAUAGAAAGACAAUCAUAUUGGCCGCAGUUUUGGGGGGAAUUGGUUUUGUGCUUUUAGUUGUGUUGUUGGUACUGCUGCUGUUAUGCACCCGCAAGAGGGGUGCUACAAAUCAAAGAGGGGUUGGUGUGGGGCCAGUUCCUGCCGAGGGCGGUGCACCACCUCCUGGAUUAGUGAUUAACUUUUCCAGUCUGGGAGACGCAUUUACAUAUCAGCAACUGCUUCAAGCCACGGGUGACUUUAGCGAAACAAACCUCAUAAAAAAUGGCCACUCGGGGAAUCUGUUCCGGGGUGUCUUGGAGAAUGGGAUCACUGUGGUCAUCAAAAGGAUUGAUUUGCGGGUAAUUACAAAGGAAACAUACCUUCUUGAAUUGGAUUUCUUUAGUAAGCCAUCGCAUACACGAUUGGUCCCCUUCUUGGGACACUGCCUAGAGAAUGAACACGAGAAGUUCCUUGUUUACAAGUUUAUGCCAAAUGGGGACUUGUCAAAUUCCUUGUACAGGAAAAACAAUUCAGAGGAAGAUGGUUUACAGUCUUUGGAUUGGAUAACAAGACUGAAAAUUGCAAUAGGAGCGGCGGAGGGUCUAUGUUAUCUGCAUCAUGAGUGUACUCCUCCCCUUGUGCACAGAGAUGUUCAAGCAAGCAGUAUACUGCUUGAUGAUAAAUUUGAAGUGCGGCUAGGGAGCUUGAGCGAGGUCUGUGCUCAAGAAGGGGAUACUCAUCAAAACAGAAUUUCCAGAUUGCUGCGGUUGCCACAGUCAUCAUCUGAACAGGGCACUUCUGGUUCACUGACAACAGUAUGUUCCUAUGACGUUUACUGCUUUGGUAAAGUUUUACUCGAGCUUGUAACCGGUAAACUUGGUAUCAGCGCCUCUAGUGAUGCCCAAGUUAAGGAAUGGCUAGAACAUACACUACCAUACAUUAGUAUAUACGACAAGGAACUUGUGACAAAAAUUGUGGAUCCCUCUCUGAUCAUAGAUGAGGAUUUAUUAGAGGAAGUGUGGGCCAUGGCCGUUGUCGCCAGGUCUUGCCUCAAUCCAAAGCCUUCAAGGCGUCCCCUCAUGAGAUACAUCCUCAAGGCUUUGGAGAAUCCUUUGAAGGUUGUCCGGGAUGAAAAUUCUGGGUCUGCAAGGCUUAGAACCACCUCUUCUAGAGGGUCUUGGAAUGCUGCUCUGUUUGGUAGCUGGCGCCAUAGCUCAUCUGAAGUAACAAUUAUUCCAGCAGCCUCCACUUAUAGAGCAGAAGGAGCAAGUAGUUUAAAACAGUCGGGAACCACAGGCUCACAAGCAAGUGGCCAAAAUGGUGGGGGUGAUCAUUCAUCCUCCUCACGCAGACGGCAUUCAAAAGAGAUAUUCCCUGAACCAUCUGGUGUUCAAGAUAUAGAAAGAACUGAUCAAAACUAGCACAGAGGUUGAGUGUUCUUGAUUCUUUGUCAAUAAUACAGCAGGCUUCCCAUUUGAGUGCUUGUUUGCCAGUACCCUGCAUUCGCCCUUCUUGCUGUUGGAGCUAAAAUGGGUUCAAGCCAUUUUUUGAACAUGAGUUCUUGCAGGGCAUCAAAAUUCCCUGAAAGGAAACUGAGAUACCAAGGUUUCAUGAAAAUUGUCGUCUUCGGGAUGGUGGAUUUAUUAUGUGGAUGGGUCAAGAUAUAAAGAAUUUUCGGAAGAAGGGUUCAGGGCCUCAGGGGUGUCACUGAUAAAUAGGGUUCUUAUUUGUUUGACAGCUCGUUCAUGGUGGAACAAGCUACCAUUUUUAAUUGUAAUUGAUUUUUUUUGUCUCUGGUCAUCUUGUGGAAUGUAAAUUGUAAUUGUCAA